CACAGUUUUGUGCGUUUUUAUCAUUUUCAAAUUCGGUUUCGUUCACUUCCUGUUUUUCCUUGUUAGUCUUCAGUUGUUUGUCAGUUAGUGUCUCUCUCUUAAAUGGCUGAAAGAGUAUAUCCCGCCGAUUCACCUCCAGUGAGCGGUCAAUUCUCAGACAAUUUCAGCUCCGGCGAGUUUCCAAGAAAACCAGCGACCUACGUCAUCCAAGUCCCCAAGGAUCAGAUCUACCAUGUUCCUCCUCCAGAAAACGCACACCGCUUCCAACACCUUUCUCAGAAGAAAGUCCAUCGAAGUCGCUGCAGGUGCUGCUUCUGCUCCGUCCUCGCCGCGAUUUUCAUUCUCAUCGUCCUCGCCGGUAUCUCCCUCGCGGUUAUCUACCUUUUCUUCCGCCCUGAAGCUCCAAAAUACUCCGUCGAAGGAUUCUCAGUCUCGGGCAUCAAUCUGUUGUCGCCGUCUCCAAUUUCACCCAUAUUCAAUGUCACGGUUAUGUCACGUAACGGUAACGGGAAAAUCGGGAUCUACUAUGAGAAAGGAAGUACGGUGGAUGUUUUCUACGAAGAUGUGGAUCUCUGUAACGGUGCCUUGCCGGUGUUUUAUCAGCCGGCUAAGAAUGUAACGGUGGUUAAGACGGUGUUGACGGGAUCGAAAAUCCAGUUAACUAGUGGUAUACGAAAGGAGAUGCGUAACGAUCUGAGCAGGAAAAGUUUUCCGUUUAAACUGAAAAUUAGAGCGCCUGUGAAGAUUAAGAUUGGUUCCGUUAAGACGUGGACGAUAACCGUUAAUGUUAACUGCGAUGUUACGGUUGAUAAAUUGGCGGCACCAUCCAGAAUUGUGUCGGGCAAGUGUAGCCAUGGCGUGGACCUUUGGUGAUUUAUAAAACAAAAAAAAAGUACAGAAGCCAUUUUGGAUCGUAGGAUUUUUAUGUACUUUUAAAUAUUUUUGGUUGUUUGAUUUGCGUAUUUUUGGAAAAUUUUAAUCUAUAAAAUCAUACAUUGUGAAUUUGUAAUUGGAUGGCACGUAUUUGUGAA